AUGGCUCAACCGGCUCAACCGGCCCAACCAGCCCAACCAGCAGACCCUGUAGAUGGAAAUCCUGACGUUAUUAAGUUCUUCCAUGACCCCUCUUGGACGACGCCUUGGUCACACCCUGAAUUCACUGGUAGUGAUCAGUAUGCAGAGGCUGAGGACCAUGGUUUUCCUGAGAGGCUUAUACAUGAGGGAUACAAAAAUGCGAUCCUUGAGAACAAAGAACGCUGGGAUGGUGCAUCAAUUGAGCAGAUUCGCGAGGAUUUCAAGAGCCUUGUUGCGUCUCAGGGUGCUAAGAUAGGGGACGUUGUGCCGCGGUAUGCAGUCUGCCUGGUCAUUGACCAACAUUGCCUGGAUUCGAUCAUGCGUGCUUUUAACGAUCCAGAGGAGAGCAUGCACGGGGGUGGUCCAGGGAAGGGAUUUGUUCUUAUGAUUGAUCCUGAGUUUGUACCCGGACACAGAAAAGAAGGUUAA